AUCCAUAGAAGGGACGUACGACUGCGUAACCUUUUAGAACAGCAAUUGAAAAACUGGCGGUUUUGUGUUUUGUAUUUUCGUCAUUUCAGUUAGUUUGUCUUGAUUAUCACUUAACUAUUUUUAGAUAGGCCAUUUGUCGGUUUGUCCACAAAAUGAUCAAGAACGGUCAUCACCAAACGCAAAAGCCAGGGAAAGACGCAGAGGCGAACCCAGUCGCAACAGCCUGCAGUCCCGAGAAAAGAAGACGGAUCGUCCGGGUGUGGUGCGAUGGAUGCUAUGACAUGGUCCAUUACGGGCACUCUAAUCAACUGCGGCAGGCGAAGGCCAUGGGGGAUUACCUCAUCGUAGGAGUGCAUACAGACGAGGAGAUUUCAAAGCACAAGGGCCCUCCGGUUUUCACUCAAGCCGAGAGGUACAAGAUGGUGCGUGCCAUCAAAUGGGUGGAUGAGAUAGUGGAGGGUGCACCUUACGUCACCACUCUGGAGACUCUGGACAAAUACAACUGCAACUUCUGUGUGCACGGAGAUGACAUCACUCUAACAGUGGAUGGGAAGGACACAUAUGAAGAAGUGAAAAAGUCAGGCAGAUACAGAGAGUGCAAGCGAACUCAGGGAGUCUCCACCACAGACCUGGUCGGCCGUAUGCUGCUGAUGACGAAGGCCCACCACAGCAACAUCGGCAGUUCAGACUAUCAGCAGCACACAGACAACUUUGGAAGGGUAAGUCACACUUUUCAUGUACAAAAUAUUAUCUCUUCAAAGGGUCCAAAAGGCCACAGUCCAUGGACAGGAGUAUCCCAGUUCUUACAGACAUCCCAGAAAAUCAUCCAGUUUGCCUCAGGGAAGGAGCCACAGCCUGGAGACACCAUCAUCUAUGUCGCUGGAGCCUUUGACCUUUUUCAUAUUGGCCAUGUGGAUUUCCUGGAGGCAGUGUACAAACUUUCAGACAAGCCAUAUGUGAUUGUGGGGUUACACUUUGAUCAGGAGGUGAAUCGCUAUAAAGGGAAAAAUUAUCCCAUCAUGAAUAUCCAUGAGAGAACACUGAGUGUGCUGGCCUGCAGAUACGUCUCUGAAGUCGUGAUAGGAGCUCCUUACGCAGUCACAAAAGACUUACUGGACCAUUUCAAGGUGGACCUGGUAUGUCAUGGGAAGACAGAGGUGUUUCCAGACAAGGAUGGCUCAGACCCUUACGCUGAGCCUCGAAGACAAGGUAUACUGAGAACUGUGGAUAGUGGAAACAGCCUGACCACUGAUGACAUAGUACAGAGGAUAAUCAAAAACAGACUGCUGUUUGAAGAAAGGAACCAGAAGAAGGAGGCUAAAGAAAUGGCCGUAAUUCAGGCCAUGAAGAGACGAGAGGAAGAAAAAGCCAAGGAGAGAGCCCAGGCUGUGGUGUAGGAGGACCCUAAGCACACCCUCAGAUCCAUCAAAGACUCAGAAACCUAAUAUUUCCAAAUGCUUUCGCAGUCAACCACCUGUCUCUGAUGGUCUCAUUCACUCCUCCACCCUCUGGAAAGAACACGAUGCUUUUGGAGACUACACCCCUUUUUUUUUUUCAGUUUAUCCUUCCUUUGUUUCUGUAACUGAUUUGGCCAAUCGUGUGUGUGUGUGUGUGUGUGUGUGUGUGGAAGUUAUGUUGUCAUGGAAUGAUUUCAUGUAAACUCUUUCUUGUGAACCUCUCUCCCUUUUAAUUAGUUAACUCAGGAGAAGGGGAGGGAAAUGAUAGCACUGAUACAGAAACCAAUAUUAACUCAUGCAAGACUGAAGAAAUUUUCUGUUUGGACAGAUUCUCUGGAAAAAAAAAUGGACUUCCUUCAGUAGAUCCAAAGACCAGAAAGUUUAAUUUUGUUCAUUGAAUUCAGUGACAUCUGGGUGUAUUGUCAGAACGUAAUGGACUGAUUCAGCGAGGGGAGAGAAGUGGGUGUGACGUGUAAUGAACGGGACGUGAGAGGGCAUUAUAUGACAUCAUCAGGUUUCCUCAUCUCCUCAGUCAAUCUAUGAAACAUGCGCUUUUUUUUUUUUUCUGUCAUCUGUGAGGCACAGAUAGUGCCUUUGAUCCAGGCUCGUGGUCUAAACAUUAACAACGAUUUUCCCGUGCACUGUAAAUAUGUACUGUAUGUAUGUAUCUAUUUUAAAUGAAGUAUAUCUAUAGAAAAAUAAGCUGUAAUUAUCAGGGUGUUUUAGCUAGAAUAGUCCAUCUCAUUUCAGCCUUGCUAACAUUAAGUACACUAAGUUCCCUUAGCCAAGAGGGUGAAUUUUAUCAGUAGUGGUGCCCAAACCUUCAACGUCUUAACCUCAGUUUAAACAACAACAACAACAACAACAACAACAACAAAACAACUCAAAACAAGCAACUAACAGGUAUGAAGCUAAAAGCAAGUGUUGUAUGGUUGCUCAAGUGUAAAAUACUUUUGCCUCUUAAUUUUACUUUGAAAGUUAAUUGCUUGCUUUUGCUCCAGGAGUUGUAAGACAUUGCCUCCAUUGUUUUAAAUGGAUAUGAAUGAAAACUGAACUCUGGUAUCCUUCUGCAGGAAAAGUGAGUGCUUAGUGCGGUCCAAAAAAAAAAAAAGAUGUCUGUGACUGUUUCACACUUGUGUACAUAUGACACAUGUGGACAUUUCUUUGAAACUUGUUAAUGGCAUUCCUGGUGACACUCCAUCCAAGAUAAUUCUGUUUGGAGACAAUCACACUUCUAUCUUGUCAUAAGCAGCUAUCACUACCCAACUGCACAAAAAAUUAAAAGCGCAGUACUGUACUUUGAUCACUAGAGGUCGCUGUCUAAUUUGCAGAGAAAGAAAUAUCCUGUAAUUUCUCAGUUUGCUUUAAUGUUAGGUCAUUUUAAUUGUUCUGAAGAUCGGUCAAUAAUUUUGCAUAACUAGAUCUAAAUUGACUAAAUAUGAUACGUGCUGUUUUGAAUUCAUAUGUGAACAUGUUUUGGCCAAUAUCAACAAUUUUUACUUUUUUGUCCUAAUGUUAAAGUCUCAAUAUCAGAAGUAAAUUCUCAGUUAUUCAGAUUUCUUUGUUAUUUCUUAAUCUGUUCAAUCUAUAAACACAGCCCAGUAGUGACCUAUAACUAAAUGAUGUCUGAAAGCAGCUAAAUCAGUAUUGCAGUAGCUUCAGGGAGUCUGGUAUAAUAAGACUGCUAAUGGUUGACUUUUUAUCCAGUUUUUUGAAUAUAGCAUUUAAUUGAUCAUGUGUUGAAGUGUUUUCUAUUAGUUUUUUUGGACUUACACUCCUUGUUCAGUGUGGGCAUCAAUACAGCCUGCCAAUGUUUUGUAUUCUUAAUCAUGCCGACAACUGUAACACAGUGUUGUUUGAUGGUGAAUGAUAAAUCAAAUUCCAUAAAGAACUGAGGAGCUGGAUGUAACUGGGAGUAACACAGUACUAAUGGGAAUAGAAUAAAAUAUGAACCCAUGCUCUCCUCUUUAGAGAACCCGUGUCCUCUUCUGAAGGAGAAGCAGGUGGGGUUUUGUUUUUUUGUUGUUGGUCCUUAUACAGUUACUCUGUUUUCAAAUGGUACGGUCUACUGUAAUGUCUGAAUGUAUUUUGUGUAUACCCCUAUACAUCAGUUUUACAAGGUGUGUAAUUUGUUACAAUAUACCAUCCCUAUUAAUAACAAAAAUAACAGCA